AUGGCCAUGAUAAUGAAAACCAUACGAACUACAUCACCACCACCACCAAAAGCCCAGUAUCACCAAAAGCCCAACACCAUCAGAAGCUACACCGGCACAACCAGAAAAACCAGCAACAGCAAAAGAAACAGCAAUACGAAGUACAGCAAGAAGAAGACGUCUAUGACGUCUGUUGUCAUCUUCACGACGACACACAUCAGAAUUACGUCGCCAUAUGUUGCGGACAAACAGACCGAUGACAGCCAAGGAAGCCGAGCAGGCAACUGCCGCGAGGCGGACGCGGACGAGAAGGACAAACUGCUGAGGUCGAGGGGGGAUUCGCUCGAGGAUCACCACAAAUUCAUCAAACACCAGAUGAUAUCCUCUAUGUUGAAGAUCUGA